AAAACUGAUAUUCAUCUAUGUGGAAGUAGACUCUAAAAGGCCCUCCCUAUCUCAAACAGGAACUUUCAACAAAAAGUUGUGACACAUGAAAGCGUCACCCAGUAUCCCUUUCUUAAAAACCCAAGGCGUUGAGAGGAUAAACAUUAAUGAGACAGUUGAACCAACUCUGAAGUCAGGAUCUUGAAGCUUCGACACAAUGAGACAUCAACGGACCAGCAUAGAAGGUGAAGCUCCUGCUUCUCAACAAGUUAAAUCAAGCCGAGGGUCAAAGGUCACAUGGUCCCUGCUGGUGGUCUGUUUCCUCCUGGCAGCUGCUCUCAUCGUCAUUUAUCGUCUCUCUUUCCAUGUGUGGAAAACCAACAAAUGUCUCCAAACAGGCAAGGCAUUUCUGAAGUGUGGAGAAGGCUGGGAGCAACAUGGAGAACAGUGCUAUCACUUCUCUGCCGAUAAAUUCAGCUGGAACCGGGGCAGAGACGAAUGUAGAGGUAGAGGAGGAGACCUGGUGAAGAUAGACAGCAGAGAGGAGCAGAUAUUCCUGGAGAUGAGACUGAGAGACAAAAUGAUGGACAAAGAGGACAAGUUCUGGAUUGGACUGACGGACUCGGAGACAGAGGGGACAUGGUUGUGGGUGGACGGCUCUGCACUGAAGACAAGUUUGAGUUUUUGGAGUUCGAGGGAGCCGGACAACUGGAGAAAGGAAGAUCCUGAUGGAGAGGACUGUGUGAGGAUGGGGGAGAGAGGACAAGGUUAUGACCUGGAGUGUUGGUUUGAUAAAUCCUGCAAACUUCAUCACAGAAGUAUUUGUGAGAAACCAGCAGCAAAUGUUUGUGUCUAAAAUAAAGUUACGUUUCA